GGCACUGGUGCCUGAAGUGGGAGGAGAGAGCUGAGUGCACGGAUAUGCGGAGUGGGGUUCUGACUAUAAAACUGUUGGGUGCCUCCCUCCCAGCACUGCCUCCUCCUAAGCACCCUCCCUUCAGCAGAGCCUGGCUGGGCUUUAUCAGCCAGUGCCUUCUGCCCCGGGAAGCCAGCCGGACUUUAAGGACAACGGAGCACCUCCCACCACUUAAUAUCAAAAACUACCUAAAAUACUAAAAUACUAAAGAGUAUUAGUGUGGAGAGGAAGGAGGAUGAAUGGACGGUCUUUGACUGGCGGCGCUGGUGACGCCUCUGCUGUUCCUCUUUGGAGGAACCCUUUUGGAAAUAAAGCUGGUGAGGCAACACGCGGAGGCUUCUCCCGGCUAAAGCUGGCCUGGGCCCGGGGGCCGCCGGAACAGGGGCCAGGGGAAGAGAUAGUCAUGGAGGACAGCCCCACUAUGGUUAAGGUGGACCGGGGUGAAAACCUGACCUCACCGCGUCGAAGGAGAAGGCGCCUUCCCAAGGCUCUUGGCUAUGUCACUGGUGACAUGAAAGAAUUUGCCAACUGGCUUAAAGACAAACCCCAAGUGCUCCAGUUCUUCGACUGGAUUCUGCGGGGCCUAUCCCAGGUGGCGCUUGUCAACAACCCCAUCAGUGGAAUCCUGAUUCUGGUGGGACUCCUGGUCCAGAACCCCUGGUGGGCUCUCAAUGGCUUUAUAGGAACCGUGGUCUCCACCCUGACAGCCCUGAUGCUCAGUCAGGACAGGUCAGCAAUCGCAGCCGGGCUGCACGGCUACAACGCCACCCUCGUGGGGAUACUCAUGGCCAUCUUUUCAAACAAGGGAGACUACUUCUGGUGGCUGCUAUUCCCUGUCUCUGUGAUGUCCAUGACUUGUCCAAUUUUCUCAAGUGGGUUGAGCUCCGUGUUCGGCAAAUGGGACCUCCCUAUCUUCACCCUGCCCUUCAACAUGGCAUUGACCAUGUACCUUUCGGCCACAGGACAUUACAAUCUGUUCUUCCCAGGCAGAUUGUUCUCACCCAUAACCUCGGUUCCCAAUGUCACCUGGUCUGAACUCAGUGGCCUGCAGUUACUGAAAUCCCUGCCUGUGGGUGUUGGUCAGAUAUACGGCUGUGACAAUCUGUGGACAGGGCUCAUUUUCCUGUGCGCCAUCCUGCUUUCCUCCCCACUCAUGUGCCUGCACGCUGCAAUCGGGUCGGCGAUGGGGAUAGUAGCAGCGCUCAGCCUUUCAGCUCCAUUUGAGAACAUCUACUUUGGACUUUGGGGUUUCAACAGCUCUCUGGCCUGCAUUGCAAUUGGAGGGAUGUUCAUGGCGCUCACCUGGCAAACCCACCUCCUGGCUCUCGCCUGUGCCCUGUUCACCGCCUACCUGGGAACCAGCAUGUCACAUCUGAUGGCUGUGGCCGGACUGCCAUCUGCCACCUGGCCCUUCUGUUUGGCCACACUGCUGUUCCUCUUGCUGACCACGAAAAACCCCAACUUCUACAGGAUGCCCCUCAGUAAAGUCACCUACCCUGAAGAAAACCGUAUCUUCUACCUACAAGCCAAGAAAAUGUUGGUGGAAAGCCCUCUGUGAGAGCAACCUUCAUCCACAACGGUGGUCGCGGUCAUUUCUGACUAACUGCCCCAGUUGGCUUCCAGUCUCAGCAAAUCGUUGUUUUUCACUAGUAACCUCUUUCCUGCUAACCCACCAGCUAUCUGUUCUUAAGCUCAUUUUGCAGUUUUCUCUUAGACUUCAGGGACAUCCCUAAACAUGUGAGAGACGCAUCGGAACCACACGCUCUGGCUAUGGAAUGUUAAACCCUCUCGGGGCAUUGGCAUGAAGACUGGAAUGUAUUUACAAAGCCAAAAUGCUCCAGCAGAAAGAGGAACUGAGACUAGAGCUAAUUAUUGAUAUUUAUUGAUGUUUUUUAUGUUUGGUUGGCUAGAUGGUGUUAACAGUAUUAAAAAUUAAGCUCUGUAAACCAACUAAAGCCUUAAGGAAAUGGAAUUCAUGGUCAUAAAAUCGAAGUCAACCCCGAAAUCUCAGAUAAGCUGUUUGACUUGUGAAAAAUCAAUGCAAGUUACACAUUAUAAGCUGUGGUCAGCAUGGCGAGGCCACCUGAUUGCCGAGCCUGCUCCCGGCUCCUCAGCAGGGCGGCCUCCGUGUUGUCAAUGUGUGGAUUUCACUUGCAGAAGAUGGUUGUUUCUUUUCAGGCUAAUAGAGCUGCGUUAGGGAGAAAGAAUUUCUGUCAGUCAACAUUAUUCUGUAUUGUUACUUUUCUUGGAGAUUGCAAGGGAUUUUUUUAGGUGGAGUUUAUUAUCUUUUUCUUGUGAGAAUGGAUUUGUCUUCAAUGAGAUAAGAGAAGUUCUUGGCUUAACCAGUUCCUAAAUAGUAUAGAAAGUUACAUUUUUAAAAAGAUUUUUAAAAAAUUGAAUUCAGAGAGAGGAAGGGAGAGGGAAAGAGAGAUA